AUGCCUUUUGCUACAGAUAUUCUGAAGGAUCCUUCGAUCUCAGCCUCUGUGCGACAGCAAGCUCUCAAUCGCAUAUUUUCCGACCCAGGCGUGCCCCAGAACUCGACGACCUCGUCGUUCUGGACCCAGGAGAAACACGACUUUAGCCAGGGAGCAGCAAAGAGUCUUCGCAAGGAAGCUGAUAUUGUUAUCAUCGGAUCUGGUAUUACCGGGGCAUCUAUUGCGCGGACUUUGCUCCAGAGCCGCGCUUCAAAUUCCUCGACCACCUCUCAUCCAUCCGUUGUCAUGCUCGAAGCCCGCACAGUCUGCAGCGGCGCAACCGGCCGCAAUGGUGGUCAUAUUUUGGAGUCAGCUGACGAAUACUGCGAGUUCGCCGAUAUAUUUGGUGCGGACGCUGCGCGUAAACUUCUUCGUUUCCGAUUGGCGCAUCUGAAGGAGAUGCUUGGUGUCGCAGAGGAGCUUGGGAUUACUACAGAGACACAAGCACGCAAGGUUCAGUUCCUGAGCGUCUACUUUAGCGAGGAGUCAUGGCAGGCGGCGUUGGAGCGUAUGCACCGUUUCAAAGAGGAGAUGCCAGAAGACGCUGCUGAAUGGACGUCUUAUGAGGGCGAUGCUAUUCCGAGGGAGUGGUGUUUAACUCGUGCGCGAGGCGUUGUCGCUGGCCCUGCAGGAGCCCUUUGGCCCUACAAAUUCGUCGUCGGUGUUCUUAAACGUCUCCUUACAGACUUCCCAGAUGACUUCCGUGUCGAGGAAAAUACCCCCGUGACCGCUAUCCACGAUGAAACUUCCUCCACCGGCCCGAGAUACAAGGUAGAGACAAGCAGAGGCACUAUCAUCACCCGACACGUUAUCCACUGCACCAAUGCCCAUGUCAGCCACCUGGUACCCGGACUCCGUGGCCGAAUCUUCCCCGUGCGCGGGCAGAUGUCCGCACAAACCCCCGGCGACAAAUUCCCCAACCAAGCAUCACAUCACUCAUGGCUCUUCAACUACGACCGUGGAUUCGACUACCUGACCCAGCUACCGGGGGGGCAGAUGAUGCUCGGCGGGGGCUUCGCACAGGGCGAGGCCGGCGGUCUCGCGGAUCUAGGAAUCUCGACGGACUGCGAUCUUAGUCUCUACAUUGAUAUUCACUUAUCUGGGGCGCUUCGUGCUCUUUUCGGAGGCAAAGACUGGGGCCGUGUGCAAGGUGACGCAGUGCAGGCGAUGUGGACGGGUAACAUGGCGUUCAGCUCCGAUGGCUUCCCUUGGGUUGGACGGUUACCAGGGGCUGCAACUGGUCGCUCGGAGCAUGGGUCUGAGGGGGCGGAGUGGGUUUGUGCUGCAUUUGGUGGAGAGGGAAUGGUUCAGGCUUGGCUUAGUGGCAAGGCGAUGGCAACUAUGUUGCUUAUGCAGGAUGCUGCGCUGAGUGAGACUGUCAGUGGGGAUAUUUCAUGGCUUCCUGAGCAGCUGCUUGUGUCAGAGGGGAGGUUUGCUGAUGCAGUCUUGCCGAAAGAGGCUGCUGAUGACGCGCACAGGUCGAAUCUUUAG